GACGGCGUUUUCCAUCCAAUCGGAUUAAAGGGUGAAGGCUGUGGCCCCGCCCACAUCGCCUACGUGAGAGAUUCGGCGUGUGCAGGCUGCUCAUUCUGACAGAAAAUGGCGGCUGUGCUGAGGCGCGGAUUCAGACUCGUAUCCUUCGGAUCUUCUCAGCUCCUGUGUGGAGGCUGUAAACAUGGCAGAACCUCCAGCCUGUCCAUCUGCAGCACCAGCAGUAGAAAUUCUUCAUCCUCCUCCUCCUCCUCAUCAUCACACGUUAAAGUGGACCUGGACGGCAGCACUGGGAUCGCAGUGGUGAAGUUUCAGAGCUCACCGGUGAACAGCAUGAGUCUGGACUUCCUCACCGAAUUGUGCAUCAGUUUAGAGAAACUCGAGCUGGACAGGAGCUGCCGAGGCGUGAUCCUCACCUCGGCUCUGCCGAAGAUUUUCUCCGCCGGCCUGGACAUAACGGAAAUGUACGGAAAGAACCCGGAGCACUACGCCGAGUUCUGGAAAUCUGUGCAGGAGAUUUGGCUCAAAGUCUACGGUUACAGUAAGAUCGCUAUCGCCGCCAUCAACGGUUCCAGUCCUGCAGGUGGAUGCUUGGUCUCUAUGGCAUGUGACUACAGGAUCAUGGCAGACGAUCCUCGCUACAGAAUCGGCCUCAACGAGGCACAGCUCGGCAUCGUCGCGCCCUUCUGGUUUAAAGACACAAUGGUGAACACAGUAGGUUUCAGAACUACAGAGCUUUCUCUCCAGUUCGGUCUGAUGUACAGUCCUUCUGAUGCUCUGAAGAUCGGUUUAGUGGACCAGGUGGUUCCUGAGGAGAACGUUCUCAGCACGGCUACUGAAACAAUCACAAAGUGGUUAGCUAUUCCAGAUCAUGCGCGUGAGAUCAGCAAAUCAAUGAUGAGGAAGCCGAUGGUGGAUCGACUGCUGGCCAGCCGAGAGUCAGACAUUAAAAACUUUGUGAACUUUAUCACCAAAGACUCGAUCCAGAAAUCUCUGGGCUUCUACAUGAACUCACUGAAGCAGAGGAAGGCAUGAACACGGGACUGACUCACGGGACUGACUCACGGGACUGACUCACAUUCUCUGCCUUCUGUUUUAUAUUUGUUUAUAUCUACAGUGUUAGUCAGAUUUCCUUCUUCAGGUUCUCCUGCGGUUCUGUUUCUACAUAUAAAUUAAACACUAACAGCAAUGUGACGUGUGUGUGUGUGUGUGUGUGUGUGUGUGUGUGUGUGUGUGUGUGUGUGUGUGUGUUCAGCGCAUGCUGAGAGACCUGCUUUAUCUUUGAUCAGAUGAUCAAUUGUUAUAAAAAAAAAAAAAAAAAAAAUUCUUCUAUAUACUAUUAUAAAUCCUUUAAUAUUCAGAUUCUGAAAUAGUAACUUUAUUUUAAAUAGCAGCAGUCAUUAAAAUGUCCUUAAAAAAAAAGUUUUAUCAAGUUUAAUUUGGGUGAAUAUAUUCCAGACAGCAGCUUGUUUCUCUUGGAAAAAGUUGAUGGAUAUAAUGAAAAGAUGUUUUCUUAAAAACAUUAUGCAAGCUUUUGCUUGAAUAUUUUUUUUUCUUUACAGAUAAAUAAAACAAAGACAUUUGUACACUUUCA